UGCUUACUGCCACGGAAGUUGUGUUUCAGAGUGCAGGUGCUUCUUGUUUCUGUAACAGGACGCCAGGUCGGGUGUUUGAGUGAAAAGGAAAAACGAGAACAGUGUGUUGCAAUUGUGGACGUGAGGAAUGGGGACCAUCCCGAACGACAUCAGGAGACUACUGGAUGACUGUGAGCUGUUUGUAUCCGAGAUACUCGAGGACGAGCGGCUGAGUGAAAAUGCGUCCGAGACCCGCAAAGUCUUACUGAAUAAUUUCAGGGUGGUGCACGUGAGAAACCCUCAGGAAUUCCCUUUCCUCCCCGACUCGAGGGAGGAAGACGGUUCUGACGACAACCGCAGCUCCAGCCUGGGUCGCUCUGCACCGUCGGACGACGCCUCACUGGCUUCUGACAACCAGGACGACGGGCCCAUUGAGUAUUCUGAGGACAUCCCCCUCACAGCAGCUCAAGACCUCGGCACGAUCCUGAAGCAGGGCUACUUGGAAAAGAAACGCCGAGAUCACAGCUUCUUUGGUUCCGAGUGGAAGAAGAGAUGGUGCGUCCUCAACAAUUCCAUCUUCUUUUACUUUGGCAGCGACAAAGAUAAACAACAGAAAGGCUCGUUUUACAUCAACGACUACAGCGUUCGGCUCGUCAACAACCUGAGGAAAGACUCCAAAAGAAACGCCUGCUUUGAACUGUUUUCUCCUGGACGGAGAACUUACCAGUUCACGGCCAGCAGUCCUCAGGAGGCUCGAGAGUGGGUCAACUGCAUCAGCUUUGUUUUGCAAGAUCUCAACUCCAGCACUAUUCCAUUCGAUGAGGACGAGGAUUAUGAAGAGCCCGAUGAGGAGGAGGCCACUUAUGACGACAUUGAAGGGACAAAUGGGCCGACCCCCACCUGGCCAGCGGCCCCUGUCACAAACCGGGCGUCUCACAGUAGCGCUGGAAGGCGAGAGGAAGAUGACGAUGACGACGACAGUGACAUUUACGAGGUUCUGCCAGAUGAGGACUUUCCAGAUCCACCAGCUGACUGCUUGGAGUCAACCAAUAAAGCAGCAGAAUUGGAUUUUGCCAGCUACUACCAGGCUGUGUGGGACUGCCAGGGUGACGCGCCAGACGAGCUGUCCUUCCACAGAGGAGACCUCAUUUGGAUCCUCAGCAAGGAGUACAACAUCCACGGCUGGUGGGUCGGCGAACUGAACGGCAAAGUGGGUAUCGUCCCCAAGGACUUCCUGCACGAGGCCUAUAUCCUGUGAGCUGCAGCAGUCACGAUUCAAGCUGACGACAGUGACGCGAGAUCACGAGAAGGGGGCUUGCUGCUGCUGCUGACUCGACAAUGCUAAAGACAGACGGUAGCCGCGACGACAAUACCAGGAAAGGAACUGCGAAUGUCAUCUGUCUCAAAGAAAAGAUGUGAGAUGCCCAGUUAAUAGGAUCAAUCUGAACUAUAAUAUUUGAUAUUAUUCUAGAAAACCAUUACAAUUUUGGAUAUUUAUUAUUUUUAAAAUAGGUCUUCCCUAGUGCAACAAGAUUCGGAAUAUAAACGGGUGGUGGGGUUAACGGCGUCGUCUUAAUGUUUUUUUUGAAGAGUUAGAACCGACACUCACGUGGAGGAAGAUCUUGUAAUCCACGUACGAAUUCCACAAGCCUUCGUUCUGCACCCGGGGGUCUUGAACCCGCACAGCAACAAACUCCUGCAUUGAGGUUAAAGGAAAAAUAGCAUUGUAAAGAUAAUACUUCACAUGCAUCUUUAAAUAUUUAUAGAUCACAUCCAAAAUUCUAGAAUUGUUGUGUUAUAACUGGAAAUCAUCAUGGAGGGAAUUACUUAUAACAUUGCCACUAAUGGUGGUCACAGUUUGUCCCUGGAACAAACUAUUUCCAUUGUUGUAUGACAUUCUAUGGGAUAAAAUCGAUCUUAAUGCA